CCUCUCUUGUGCUUCCGUUUCUCAUUUGGGCUUUCGCUCUCUCCCUCCUGCUCGUCGCCGAAAUCGCCAUGGCUCCCGCCUCCCGCCCGCCGACGGCGACGCCGCUGGCCGCAUCCUCAUCCCGGAUAGACUCGCCAUCGCUGAAGGCAGCCCUCGCAAUGGCUCUCAUCCACUACAAACGCCUCCCCUCCACAACCGCCGCCGCCGCCGCCGCCGCAGGCACCUCCUCCCCGCCUCUUAUCCACUGGAAGCGCAAGGCUAAGGAGCGGAAGCGCGAGAUUCUCCGCCUCCGCGAAGAGCUCAAGCUCCUCCAAGAUGGGGUGCGCGGGGAGGCGAUGGAGCCGCCACUUGCGUCAUGCCGCUGCCACUUCUUCGACGGGUGCAGCGACCUGCAGCCGCCGCCUCCAACGGGUGGAGGAGAGCAUUGGGUCGACGAGGUGCUGCGGAGGAGGUUCCUCAGAUUGGCGCGGUGGAAGGAGAAGCGACGGAGACUGGAUCGAUCUCUUCCCGUCACUAGUUUGAUGGAGUUCAAUAGCGAGGAUGAGAUACAACAGCUUAGCUUGUCAACUGAUUUCCUGGUAGAGCUAUCAGAUGGGAUUUUUGCGAAAAGAGAAUCUUGCUCCACAUUUGCUACAUUCUCUCACCAAGCAGUAGACUUCAUUUUGUCUUUACUGAAGAACAUUCUAUCGUCGAAAAGGGAAAAUGAACUGGUUGAGGAGAUAAUUGAUGGUUUAGUGACACGUUUGAUGAAAAGGAUGUGCACCAUUCCUGAAAAUGCUGGUACUUCGGAUUCAGGGCCAGUUGACUGCUCAGAUGCCCAAUUCAAUGUGCAGCACUUGUUCCGCAAGUUAGGAAAUGAAGAGUUCAUUGGUCAGCGGAUAAUCCUUGCAGUUUCUCAAAAGAUCUCAAAUGUAUCAGAAAGCUUGCUUCUCUUAGAUCCAUUUGAUGAUUCCUUCCCUGAUAUGCAUGGCAAUAUGUUCAUUAUGAUUCAAUUAAUUGAGUUCCUCAUAUCUGAUUACAUGAAAAUUUGGCUAUGUUGCGAGCAAUUUGACAAAAGAUGCUUACCUACAGAAAGAUUGUCCAGAAAGCUGGCGUUCUGUAACUUCUGUUCGCCACUGAACAGCCAGAACCAAGACAUAACCAAAGAAUGCUUAAUUAUUUCAUCUUGUGAAUGUGUAGUUACUGCAAACCAGUUUGCUAUAACCAAGAACACUGGCAGUGCUCUGGGGCUGGCUAGAUAUGUUUGGAAUUGCCAGCACCAAUUCUUCUGCAGUAACAUAGCGAGGACAGCAAGCGGCAUGAAAGAUAUGCGGGGGAAUAGUGUGAGCAUGCUCAAAUAGUAUUAGGUUGGAGACACAAAAAGUUUGGACAUGAGUAGAAAUGCUUCCGCUCUUGUUUUGGGAGAAUGAAGUUUCACUCCUCACCCUAAGGCAAGCAGAUGAACCCUAGCAAGCUUUAUUGUUCAAAUCAGUGUUUGAGGAGUUACAUCACCUUUCUA